AUGAUGCCCAUUGAACAGCCCGAGGCAUCGACCCCUGCCACCACCUUCGGAGACCCACUUGCGAUUCUGGGCGCUGCCGAUACCGGCGACGCGCAUCGCCGCGAGGCGCUUGGAGAGUUGGGUGUCAACGAGCUGCCGGCGGGCUUCGUGCCGUGGUCUGUCGACCUCCUCAGGAGCGUGCCGGACGCUGUUGGAGUCGCUCUCACUGGCGAGACAGACCCUGCAGUCUACCUUGGCACCAAGGCCCCGAACGCCGGCGAGGCCGCCAAGAACGGUAACCGGCCCACCCAAACCUCCUCGAAUGUGUUGCGGACGCCGUCAGAGGCCAAAGAGGCUGACCUCACUGCAAUGACGCUCAUGCUGCGAAAUGCUGCCGUGAUCGAGCGCCUCGCUGACCUCGCGUCUGUUAGCCGCGUCAAUGCUCAGAUUGACCUGGCGCGUCUCAAGCUUGAGGCCGUUCGCGCAGGUCAGCCCGUGGAGAUUGCGAUUGACGGCAUUGACGUGGGGCUCAUCGAAACCCCCUACCAGCUCGGCCCCAGGGAGGCAAAGCUCGCCCAGGCGAAGAUCAGUGUCACCAAGGCGGCACCAACUGAGCCAAACCUGCUCAAACCUGGGCCGAAACGCGCCCCGAGGCGUAAGUCGCAGGUCGUGGAGGUCGAAGACAACAGCGAGGACGAGUUUAUCCCCUCCACUAAGACUCCCGCCAAGGGCGCCAAGGGCGCCAAGCGCGCUAGGGGGGUCUACGAGAAGGAGCCUCUUGCGCCCAAGAAGACUGUCAAGCGUACACAGAGCGACAACAACACGAACCCGAAGGGCGUCACUGAGCUUGAACGUGAUGAGCAUGAAGCCUGA